UUUUACCUGUCAAGUCGGUGUUGUUUUAAUAACCGUAAUUAAUUAUAAGUCUGGGGGGCGGGAGCACGAGUGGAUUUUUACUUGAUAGUUCUCUCUUUAAACCUCAUCUUCUUCUCUGCAACACCACCACUACUCCUACUUGGCUUCCUCACUCCCAACCACCAGAUGUGUGGCCAGGUACCGUGGUGAUCGUUCUUACCAUGCCCCUUUCAUAAUAAUAAUAAUCUCACCUUUCGUCUCUCUUUUUCUGUUUUUUACCGACACUCCUUUACAUGCCCUUUUUGCGGCAAGCCAUUCGUUUACAACAUCUGCCAUCGCAAUGAAAUCCCGAUUGAGUGCCAUUGUCCGAGCGUCAGAAAGCCGAACUAUGCAGAUUAGCAACCUGCCUCCUCGCCGACGGACUCAAUUGCCCAGUCUUCGCCAAUUAUUACUGACCGUCAUUGCGGUCCCAUCCGUUGUCGCAUCCGUGAUCCCAUCCGCCAUCCGGACAGAUCUAGAUUCCACCAACGCUCUCGAUCUCCCGCUUAGCGGAGGGAUCGUCAGCGACGAUCUUCAAGAUGUAUCUGCUUCUCCACUCAAGGAACGUGCGGCAUGGGACCCUGUUCAACUCGACAGCAGCCCUGAAGAAGAUGCAGCUUACUCGCCCAUCCUCCUAGCACCUGAGGAAGAGAACGAGCAGACCAACGACGACAACAGCUCAAAACCAGUAUUAUCCCAAAGAUCGACAAGCAGCAGUAGCAGCAGUAGCGACACCCCAACACCAUUUGACACCAACCUCUCGACGAACUUCACCUCAGACAGCUGUCCGAAAUUCUUCAAAAAGUUCCUCUCGGACUCCAAAUUCGUCAACUGCUACGCCGUCUCUAUGCUCCUGCGGGACUCCAGCUCCUUCUUCCAGACGCUCAAGUCCGCCCCAGCAACCUCUCACCUCCUGGAUCUCUCCUGCGCCGCCGACGUAGACCAAUGCUCGUCCCUCAUGUCCGACCUCGCGUCGCGCAUCACCAAAUCCGACGCCUGCGGCAAGGACUACGAACUCGGUAACCCAGUCGUGACAGACGCCUACACGGAUAUGAUUAUCUACGAGCCCAUGUACCGCGCCUCGUGUCUGAAGAACCCCGGCACAGGCGACUACUGCUUCGUCGACGCCGCUACCAACAGCUCAAACCCUUCCGACUACGAUGUCUACUUCAUCCCCUACGGCAGCGCAAUCUCGAACGCCCCCUAUCCCACCUGCAACAAAUGCGUCCAGGCCUCCAUGGAUAUCUUCGGCGAAUGGGCGCAGAAAAGUGGCCAGCCGCUUGCCCAUUCAUAUCUCCCUUCUGCGAAAUCGAUUAAUUCUAAGUGUGGGGUUAGCUUUGCGAAUGCAAAUAUCACCGUUGCGGGGGACGGUGAAUCGUCGUCGGCGGCGACGUGGUCGGUGCGUCGUCCGGAUGGGUUUCUAACGGCGUGGUUUGUUGCUUUGAGUGUUGGGGUGAGUCUUUGGGGGUUGGUUUAGGUGAUCCCACCCCGUUUUCUCUGGCUCGUUCUUCUUUUCCCUUUCGCUCCUUAUUCGAUCCUUUUGAGCUGUAGAGAAUUGUAUAUUCCUCUU